GCGUUCGUCCCUCUUUCUCUCCAUCGAGAGGUAGCUUAUUUUUCGAUCUAAGACUGCGUCGACAGCAGCUGAAUCCGACCCCUUGCACUUCCUUGUGCAUCUUCCAUGGGCAAUUACGUCUCCUGCACCCUCGCUGGCGCGUCGGGCAUUCGCGCAAGAUCCGCCAAGGUGAUCCUACCCGACGGCAGGGUCCGGCGCAUCGAGGCGCCGACCAACGCGGCCGAGAUCAUGCUUGACGAGCCGGGGCACUUCCUGGUUGACUCGCGGUCCAUGCACGUCGGCCGGCGGUUCGCGCCGCUCGCGGCGGACGAGGACUUGGAGAUGGGCCACGUCUACGCCAUGUUCCCCAUGAAGAGGGCGAACGCGGUGGUCGCGGCGGCCGACAUGGCGGUGCUGCUGAUGGCGGCGCAGAAGGAGGUCCGGCGGGAGUUGGGCCACGGCGUGAGGGUCUUGCCGGAGAUGGCAGAGCGGUCGGUCCCGAAGCCGGACUUGGAGAGCAUGACCGAAGCGUCGGAGCCCGCGGCGGUGGAGAUUGGGGAGUUUAAAUACAGGUUGAGUAUGUGCAGGUCAAGAAGGCCAACGCUGGAGACCAUCGCCGAGGAGGGUAUUUGCUCUAGAUGAAGAUGAUCGUUUAUAUGGGUCAAGUUCUUUAUAUCGUGGCCCCUUUACAUGUGUUUUUGACAACCACAUAGAUCAAAGAUUCAGCGUUUGGUUGCUA